GAGAUGACUUCUAUUCUCCAGCCCCGAGAAUGUAAAGUGACCAAAAAGCCCCAAAAGACCUACGGAUUCUACCUGCGCAUUGAGAAAGACACAGCAGGGCAUCUCAUCCGGAACGUGGAGAAGAACAGUCCAGCUGAAAAGGCUGGUUUGAAGGAUGGAGACAGAGUCCUCAGGGUUAACGGUGUGUUUGUAGACAAGGAGGAACAUGCACAGGUGGUGGAGAUUGUCAAAAAUAGCGGGAAUUCUGUUGUACUGCUUGUUCUGGAUGAUGUAUCCUAUCACAAGGCAGAAAAGGAGGGAGUGAACCUGGAAGAGCUGGGUCAAAAGGUGUCGACAGGACAGCAGCAGGAGCAGCAGUCCCCCCUGCCCACGGCCAACGGAGCAAUCGCUGCAGUUCCACAGCCCCGGCUCUGCUACCUCGUGAAGGAGGAGAAAGGCUACGGCUUCUCUCUGAAAAGUACAGGAGGACAGAAAGGGUUGUUCAUAGUAGACCUUGCACCACAAGGAGCAGCCGCAAAGGCCGGUGUCCAAAACAACGAUCGCCUGAUUGAAAUCAAUGGAAAAAAUGUGGAAAAUGACACCCAUAAGGAAGCGGUGGAAAAGGUGAGGAAGUCUGAAAAUCAUGUUAUGUUUCUACUUUCAAAUGAAGAAACGGACCACUAUUACACAAGCCAGAAGAUGGUACUGAGCAAAGAGAGUGCCAGCCUACGAUUGCUUCCCCUCAAACCACGACUUAUUGAGAUCCAGAAAGGAAAAAACGGUUAUGGCUUUUAUCUACGGAUGGAACAAAAUACUGGUGAUCAUGUCAUCAAGGAUGUUGAUUCUGGAAGCCCAGCAGCCAAGGCGGGUCUCAAAGACAACGAUAUCUUGAUAGCUGUCAAUGGCGAGCAAGUGGAUGGUGUGGACCAUGAAAGCGUGGUGAGAAAAAUUAAGCAGCCUGAGGCAAUCACCACACUGUUGGUAGUGGAUAAGGAGACUGAUGCCAUGUAUAAACUGGCUCAAAUUUCCCCCUUCUCAUACUACUACAAAGUACAAGAUCCAACACCAGCUAAAACGGAGGACAGAGCGGAGCUGCGCACAGAGCAGAGUGUGAACCACAAGCCAAGGAUCUGCAAGAUGGUGAAAGGGCCUUGUGGGUUUGGCUUCAGUUUAAACAUGAUCAAGAACAAACCUGGACUGUUCAUCAGUGAGGUACAGAACCGCGGGCCAGCUGACACAGCAGGUGUAGAAAAUAGUGACUUUCUGGUGGAAGUGAACGGGGUGAAUGUGAUCAGUGAAUCCUACGACAAAGUGGUGGCAAGAAUCCAAGACAGCGGUGACAGACUAACGCUACUGGUGUGCAGCAAAGACGCUUACAAAUACUUCCAGGGCCAGAACAUUCCCAUCACAGCCUCCAUGGCGGAUCCCAUCCACGACACUGCUUAUACAGAAAACCGUCUGUCAGAGCCAGAGGCAAACUCACCUGAACAGAGGGAAAGGGCAAGCUCAUCCUCCUCUUCACAAUCAGCUGCCUCUACAAAGGCAGACAGUGACAACAACGAUGACACAAAGUUGUGA